UCUAUUCUCACACCCACUUCCUCAUCCACUAAACUACCUCUCUCACACACACUCCUAUAACUCUCUGCUAUCUCGGACUACACACACCUAACCAAAAACUACCUCCAAUCAUCGUAUUUCAAUUUAGGGUUCCUUCAUUAAUGGCUUUGGAGGCUUUGAAUUCUCCAACAGCGCCCGCCGCUCCCUUCCGUGCCUAUCAAGAAGAGGAGGAGCUUGACCAUCAGUUCCGCGAGCCUUGGUCUAAAAGGAAGCGAUCGAAACGACCGCGUUUUGAGACCGAGGAAGAGUAUCUCGCUCUUUGCCUCAUCAUGCUCGCGCAGGGCGGCAACAACACCAACACUUCCUCCCACCGCCAAACUCAACACUCAGAGUCUCAGAAAGAACCGUCACCGCCGCUCAAGUUAUCCCACAGGUGCACCGUUUGCAACAAGGCCUUUCCUUCUUAUCAAGCGCUCGGUGGACACAAGGCCAGCCACCGCAAGUCCUCGUCGGAAUCUACCUCUGUCUCCGCCGUCGCCAGCGACAGCGUCACCGCUUCCACCGCCGGCGGCGGAAGGAUGCACGAGUGUUCCAUCUGUCACAAGAGUUUCCCCACCGGACAGGCCCUGGGUGGCCACAAGCGCUGCCACUACGACGGUGGAAACCACCACAGUAACAGCAACGCCCUCACUUCCUCCUCCGACGGCGUUGGCGGCGGUGCUGCCUCCUCCCACACGCUCCGUGGGAUCGACCUGAACCUUCCGGCGCCGCUCACGGAAUUCUGGCCGCCGGUGGGGUUCGACUUCAGGAAGAAAGUCGGCGGAGGCGACGAGCAAGAGGUGGAAAGCCCGUUGCCAAUAACCGCAGCCAAGAAGGCGCGUUUGUUUUCGGGGGACGACCACGACGGUGAUGAUCAAAAGGCGUAGCUUGGUUCACCCAAGAAAUGUUUAUUUGAAUUUGAUUGUAAUUCAAUUUGCUGGUCUGGUGAAUAUGAAUCGUAACCAAUUAGUUUAAUUUCCAUUUGUUAUUUUUAUUUUUAUUUUCUUCUGUUUAGGAAGGAUUGGGUUGGGAUUAGGUUCGGAUUUUGUUUCUGCUCAUCUGUACAGACAAAAUUUGUUCAUUGCUUUUGGACUCUUCUUUGUCAUUGAUGCAAUCUGACAAAUUCGUUUAUCAGUAAAAUAUUAUUUACGUUAAAGAUGAA